AUGAACCGCAACGCACUGGUGAGGUUCCACCGAACCAUGGCAAAGAACUUCUAUGACUACAAAGAAAAGAAUACAGAUUUCAUCGACAGGCUGAGAAAAGAAACGGAAAAAGAGGUGAAGCUGUUCUCAAUGGUACCUAUAAGUACCGUUGUUGGUGCUGUCACUGGCUUCGUCCUAUCACCGAUCUUGGACAAAUAUGGUACUUACAUAGUCGAAGACGUCUCGCACCACCUCAAUAUAAACCUACCAGCUCCUUUCAUUGCUUAUCAGUUCUCUACUCACACUCACGCAGGGUUCUUUUUCGCUUAUAUUUUACAAAUAUGGGAACUUCCGGGAACAUCGCUGACUUCAUCAGUAUUGGGAUGUAUAGAAGUUGGCUACAUGGCUUUCAUUUCUUUCUUGGGCCAACAGAUCAUAGAUUUGAAUGAUGAACUGAGAGUGAAAAUGUAUGAAAGUAAAUGGUAUUACGGGAGCAAACGGACCAAGAAUAGCAUUCAAAUUUUUCAGCAAAUGACUCUCAAGCCUUUAGUGAUCAUGAGCGCAAGCAUUAUUCCAAUUAAUUUGGACACCUUCGCGAUGGUGAUGAACUCUGCGUACUCAUAUUACAACCUUAUUAAUGCUUUUUCAUAAGAAUGAAGCUGUUACCUGCCAUCUACCAACGCUAUUUUGGGACACAAGCUUAGUUUAUCAAACACUUUCGCACUUUUAGAUUUGAUUCUAUUGACCUAAGAAUAAAA